UAUCUUUGCCAAAGAAACAAAAUAGAAACGAGACUUGCAAGGUUAACAUAAUGCAAAGUAAACAUGUAAGAAAUAAUUGGUUUAGUGUAAAAGCAAAAGGCGAGCGAAGAACAUGGUGCUCUCAAUGGAUAGAUGGGUGGGCAAGGUGGCUGUGGUAACAGGCGCCAGCACUGGGAUCGGUGCUGAAGUGGCAAAAUCCCUUUGCCAGCAAGGAAUGAAGGUCGUCGGAUUGGCGCGUCGCAUCCACUUAAUCAAACCCAUUUCUUCGACGAACGGAUCUUUGUUAGGUUUGAAAGUGGACAUCACGCAGGAGGAUGAAGUUGUCGAGGCCUUCGAAUGGAUCUUGAAGAACGUAGGUCCGGUAAGCGUUUUGGUCAACAACGCAGGUUUAUCUCAACCGACUACACUUAUUGAUGGAGACGCGAAGAUGUGGAAGUCUGUUUUGGAUACGAACGUAUUGGGUUUAUCCAUUGCGACCAGAGAGGCUAUAUCACACAUGAAAGAUCACAACAUCGAUGGUCACGUAAUUCACAUCAACAGCGUCCUGGGUCAUUACGUCGCUUUCGUGCCCAAUGUGAAUAUGUACACGGCUUCGAAGCACGCAGUCACAGCUUUAACGGAAACCUUGAGACAGGAAUUGUUGCACAGUGGAACUAACAUCAGGAUUUCUAGCGUUAGUCCAGGUCCAGUUGAUACCGAAUUAUUAUUGAUCAACAAGGAAACGUGCGACUCGGAUUUCUUGAAGACCUUCCCUAAACUUCGAUGCGACGACGUCUCCGAUGCUGUUAUCUACGUCUUAUCUACUCCUCCGCACGUUCAGGUACAAGACGUAUUAAUAAGACCCCUCGGAGAACCUGUUUGAAUCCUGUUUACCUACCAGAUAACGAAAGCAACUUAUUACAUGAGAUAGAUAUUUACUCUACUUAGAUAACUUUAAUUCGCACUUCUAGUAUUUUUCUUUUCUUUUGGGUAAAACGGCGAUUCAUAUGAAACGAUUCCAAAACAUUUUUUUUAUUG